AUGCUAACUUUCCUAAAGUGGAUAACCCUGGCGACAGUAGCAAACGGCUCAUUGGUCGUUGGGUUCGCGCCGAAUAUCUACAAUCCUGCCAUUGAUGCAAUCAAAUCUUCACUCCAUGCUCAGGAUUGGCACAUCUCAUUGACCCUUUCUUUAUUCAUCCUGCUGUCGGGCAUGUUCCCAAUGCCAUGGAGUCUCACUAGUGAGUUGGUCGGCAGAAAGCCCGUGUAUAUGGUUUCUCUCGCAAUAGCACUUGGGGGUUACAUAGGCGCUGCGGUAGCAAAGUCGAUCGGACUGUUGAUUGGGAUGCGCUGUAUUCAAGCGAUGGGCAAUAGCUCCUUGUUCUCGGUAGGAGCAGGAUCGUUGACCGAUAUCUACGAUGUUCACGAGCGCGGAACAAAAUUCGGCAUCUACUAUGCCGCACCGAUGCUUGGACCAUCUCUCGGCCCGGUCAUUGGUGGUAUUUUGACGACGUACUUGUCGUGGCGCGCUACUUUCUGGUUUCUCGCCAUUUGGAUCGGUGUGACCUACGCCAGCGUGAUCAUUUUAAUGAAAGAGUCUUUCCGGAAAGAUCAUAGUAGUACAUAUCAAGAUGCAUUGGCAGUACGAAAGAAAAAGAUUGCGAAGCGGCAGAGCCAGGCGAUAGACCUUUCGUCACCCGAGGGAGGUGCUACGCAUCCCAGCUCGGGGGACAAAAUAAUUGUCUAUCCUUCUGACCUCAGGGUGAUGAAAUCACUAAAGAGGGUCAUUAAGAAGCGUAACAAUGUAGUCCUACUAGUUGCUACAGGGUUGAACUAUGGGUUCACGUACUGUAUAUCGUACACCUGUACUCUAACUCUCUCCGACAGAUACCAUCUUAAUGCCCUCAAGAUAGGGUUGGUGCUACUUGCUUAUGGACUAGGUCACUGGGUUUAUUCCCCUACCAUGUCAUACCUGCUUGACAUCAACCCGGGGAAUACUACAGUCACAGUGGCAUGCAACAGCUUCUUCCGCGGCCUCCUUGCUUUCUUGUUUGCCGAAGUUGCAGUUCCCCUCCAGAGUGCCAUCGGGGACGGCGGCUUGUACUCAUUAUGGGCUGGCCUGUGGGCCAUUUGCGCUGUCCUAAUAAUGAUAGUUUACUUCAAAGGGAGUCGUUGGAGGACGUCAUCUUCUUCAAGCGUCUAG